AUGAGUGGGGCAACCUUCCCCUCUUCGAAAGAGGCAGAGAUGAAUCGUAUCCACUAUGAGCUGGAGUACACCGAGGGCAUCAGCCAGCGCAUGCGCAUUCCCGACACACUCAAAGUGGCCCCCGAAAACCAACAUGGGCUGCUGUCUCAGCCCCUGGCCCCCCACAUGAUGCAUGUACCAGAGAGGAUUGUGAUAGCAGGGGACGAUGGGGACUCCCGUUACUCCCGGCCCAGAGACCUAGACCUGAUCCAGUCCACUCCUCCUGUGGAUUUACUGGACAUGAAGGCGCCGCCACGAAUACUCACCCUCAAUGAACAUUCCCUGGACUCCCUGGAGACUGACCAGGCUCCCACAACACAGGCCCACGCCAACCAGGGGGUCCACUCUCGGUCGCUGAGGGAGCGCACUGUGAGCGAUACAACCAGCAUCCGCCAGAGCGGCCCGGCCAACAGAACCCACGUAAGUCAAUUUUCCAUCCCUCCCUUCAUCUCACUCUUACAUUUUUUUUCCCUUCUCUCUCUCAGUGUAACCCUGUCCCCCGUCGCCCCCCCUCUCCGUGCCUGUCCUCCACUGUGUACCCCUGAGGACGUCGUGAACCUACAGUACAGUGCUGGAGGGUUGUUGUCCUAUAUCCAAUGCACCACGCGCCGGGCCUACCAGCAGGUCCUGGAGGUCCUGGAGGUCGACAUCCACCGCAGGGCUGGUCACUUGGCCCUCGACAUGGACAUGACCCCUGACGAUUCAGGCUUAGUGGACGCCUCGUCAUUACGGCGACAGAUUGUGAAGCUGAACCGACGUCUCCAGCUACUGGAGGAGGAGAACAAGGAGCGCUCCAAGCGAGAGGUGAUUCUCUACUCCGCCACCGUGGCGUUCUGGCUCAUCAAUACCUGGAUCUGGUUCCGACGUUAGAACCGCACGGAACCCAAUGACCAGGACCUACACUGUCAUUUAACCAGAAAUAUCUCAAUUCCUUCUACAGAUUGUAACACCAGAUAAUGUGAUUUAAUCAAAACAAUGUUUUUAUCUAAUAUACUGGGAGUUGCCGGUUAGGUACUGUUUGGUGUAGCACAGAACAUUUCAGACCGACCUUAGUUUGGCGAUACUGUCCUCAUCCUCUCUUUGUAGCAACAGGAGUCUCAUAACAUGUCCUUGUCCAGGGUGCAAGGGGGUCCAUGACAUUUUUAUUUUUUAAAUGCUCUGUUAUUAAAAUAAAUACUUUUUAUGAUCCGUGAAGUAAUCCAACAAUGUGUACACCGCCAUCUUGUAUAUUUCAAGUCUUCUCACAUUGAUCGAGACAGGUGUCUGUCAUCACUUUGGGGUGGACCCACCUGUUUGGAGCAAAACUAAAUUGUGGAGGGGGGGUGGUGGUAUCUAUGACAACUCCGACUGCCUAAUCUGUUGGUUAAAAAUAUGGCUUGGAUGUCCCCAUCGAUCCAGAUUGCUUGAACCAGUGAGGCUGCUGAAAUUACAAGGAUACAGGCAAAGGAAACCAGUGUUGAGAUUUCUCCAAAUGUAAGCAUUUAGUUGCACGUCCUGUGUGAAGGGAUUCGUACCAUUACUCCAUUUUAUGGUGUGGAUUGACUUUAUUUCUCUCCUACCUCGAUGUUGGCAAGAAGCGGAGCAUGAGUCUAAAUGUCUAUUCAUUAUCAUCCAAUGAAGUCUUUAGCACUGUAUGACGUAAUUGCCGUGUGUGGAAAAAAUAGUUUGAACUCAUAUUUUUCAGGAAUAAAUAUGUAUGUAUCUUGUGGAAUAUAUGAGCUAAGAAACAUUGCGACAAAUGUGAUUAUGUUCUGUAUUUAUCAGACGCUGUUUUCGCUGCACGAA